AUGGCUGCAGGUGAAGAUGCAUUGGCGCCGAUCCCUGCAGUGUCAGCGCUGGCUUGGAUGUGGACAAUUAUCCUUAAUAAUUACCCGAAACUUCAAGCUGCCAUCGCAAAGGAUCCGGAGAUUGAUCUGACAGUGAAAUUGCCCUUGAGGUAUUCCGAUCGCCUGGAUUAUAUGCGCCAGAAGACCCAACCUGACAAUGCGACCGUAACUGAAGACCAUGGAGAGGACGACAUUCGCGCUUCAAUUCGCUCGUCGGCCUCGGCUGAGAUCGUUUUCCCUCUGUCCGACACAGUUCAGAAUUUGCUUGGAAUAUCGAGUUCAGCCGCAGCACAAUCGGAUGGCCUUGCACAGCGACUGAUCGAUGUCAUAGACUCGAGCGAGGUUGUCUGGAAGGGCCCCUUUGCCCGCCAGAAAAUGGUCUUGGGCUGUGGUCAUGAUAUCAUUCUGAAGGUUGUGCGAGGCCUGGAUGAUACAACUGAGUACACAACACUACAAUAUCUUCACCAGUACAAGCCUGACAUGGCCGCACCAAAGCCUCUUGGUUUCAUUCGAAUGAACGAUAUCUCGCUCAUAUUCAUGACCCACUUGCAUUCGAGUACCUUGGCGAAGGUAUGGCCAUCCCUAAGUGCAGCCCAAAAGGUCUUGAUCAAGGAACAGCUUACUUUGAUCUUGAAUGACUUGUCUUUGCCGUAUGAUGUAGGUACAGCUUUCGGGGUUCUGGGCGAAGGCUGCAAAGACAUUCGAAGACAUCUUCGCCGGAGUGCCAAGCCGAUCUUGACGGUCGAUGAGUUUGAAGAUUUUCUCUUCACAAGUGAUCGAACUGGUGGAGAAGUCUUUGUUGAUUUGCUACGCCAGCUUUCCCCUUCUACCAAAUCACCUUCGCCGGCAAUAGUUUUUACACAUGGUGAUCUUCGGCCGGAAAACAUUGUCGUGAAGUUUGAAAACAAUGAAUGGAUCAUCAGUGGACUAAUUGACUGGGAAUACAGUGGUUUCUAUCCAGAGUAUUACGAAGCAAUUAGAUGCACAAACUGCAUGGCGCCUUAUGAAGAAAACGAUUGGUACCUCUUUAUACCGGAUUGCGUUUCACCGAGAAGAUACACGCUUUGGUGGCUUCUUGAUGGCACACGAGAAGUGAGAGCCGUAUAG